AUGAGACUUUUGCUUCCUCUGCUAAUUUGCAUCACAGCAAUCAUCUUGGGCUACCCAUCCAUCAAAGACAAAGUCACAUACUUGUUCGAGCACUUCAAAGACCAAAACCAAUCGACUCCCAAGAUCAACUUUGAAGCUCCAAUAAUAGUCAAACCAAUCACCAAAAUGUCCGUCCCACGCGCAAUUCGCCAGGCCUUCCUAGCUAUUGAGCAAUCCGAAGGCGCAGGGGCCCGUGUUCGCCGUUCAAUCGGCACAGCCAAGCUCCGCAACUUCAGUCCCUUCUUGAUGCUCGAUCACUUCACCAUCGGCAAAGGAGCAGGUUUCCCUGAUCACCCCCACCGCGGGCAGGAAACCAUCACCUAUCUACUCUCGGGCGGAGUCGACCAUGAAGACUUCGCGGGCAACAAGGGCACCAUUGGGCCCGGUGAUUUACAGUUCAUGACGGCCGGCAGAGGCAUCAUGCACGCGGAGAUGCCUCACGAGAACGAAGACGGCAGCCCCAAUGUCGGCAUGCAAUUGUGGGUGGAUCUUCCGCAGAAAUUGAAGUUCUGUGAGCCGCGGUAUCGCGAUCUGCGCGCAACUGAGAUCCCGGUGGCGAAGGUCGAUGAUGGCCGUGUCCAGGUCAAGGUCAUCUCUGGGCAGUCACAUGGGGUGGAUUCGGUCAGGGAUCUGGCCUAUACUCCUGUCUGGAUUCUGGAUAUCACUAUCAAGCCUGGUGGCAGGAUCUCGCAGCCUUUGCCUCAGGGGUGGAACUCGUUUGCGUACACCCUGGCUGGAGAAACGGUAUUCGGCUCAAGUGACUCCACUCGCAUCGUGAAAGAAUUCCACAAUGUGGAGUUUGAGCAGGCGGGAGAUCUCGUGGAACUUUCUGUGCCGGAUAAUGCGGAGAAAGAGGCUCGCAUUUUCUUGGUUGCAGGGCAACCCCUGGACCAGAAGGUCGUGCAAUAUGGUCCUUUUGUGCUGAAUACUCAGGAGGAGGUUUACCAGGCCAUGCUGGACUACCAGACGGCGUCAAAUGGCUUUGAGCGCACGCGCAACUGGCAAAGUGAGAUUGGCAAGCGCAUGGGUUGA